GAUCACUAGUCAUCUAUUUUAAUUUCAUCUCCUUUCUCUCUCUCUAUUUUAGUUUUCUGUAGAAGCUCAGUUUUAGGUACUUAAAAGUUAGUGGACUACUUUUUUGGUGGAAAUGGCUUUCAACUCAUCAACCCCUAAGAUGAACUUGAAGCUUCUAAUCAACUCAGAGGAAAAUAAAGUCAUCUUCGCUGAAGCUGAAAAAGAUUUCAUAGAUUUCCUGUUCAACCUCCUAACUUUGCCUAUUGGCACCAUUGUGGGUUUCCUUCCAAAAGAAGUUUGUCUAGGAGGCCUGCAUAAGAGUGUGAAAAAACUAGAGGGAGCUUACUUGCAGCCUAACCAGAGCUCAGACUCGCCCUUGAAGUUGAACACACCAGCAUAUGCUAUUCUUCCUUUCUUUAAUCCUUCUGCAUCAAAGAGUUAUGGUCAUGUGCAGGGCUUGGUUACCUACAUGGUGACUGAUGACUUGUCGAUUACACCCAUGUCCCUGACAGCAACCAUGGCUUUGUUUAAGAAGUGCAACAUAGAGGAAGUUAAUGUUCUUGAGGAGAAGGUGGUUACUAUUGGUUUUGAUGAGGCUUUGCAGUUGUUGAAGUGUUCUCUGCAGUCCAACGCAGCUCUCACUGAAGUCUUCCUUGAGAAAGAAGAAACACAACAGUCCAAAGCAGCUCCCGCAGUUGCCGCAGUUGCCGCACGUCCCGCACCUCCCCCACCUCCCGCACCUCCCGCACUUUCGGCAGCUACCAUUAGGAGUCGCAGCUCCCGCUGAAGUAUUAUACAAAUACAAAAGGACUAUGAAUAUGAUUGUUUGAGCAGGAGACCGACGUAGUAUUAAACUCCGUUUUUGAAUUUGCAAAAAUAAAAAAAUUCUGUCUCUAAAUAAUGUUUAUUUUUACUUGCCUUUAUAUAAUGUAAACUCUAUUUGUCCCCAAUUUUAUAGAACU